GAUUCAGACUCUCAUAACAAGCACUUCCGUGACGUCAUAUUUACACGCGGUGUUGAAAUCUGAUUGUUCACCUAUUGUGAAACUAUUCUUUUUUUAAAUCAUUUAUUAACCUUACAUAUAGGUAAACCAGAAUGGCUUCCGAAAACGGCGGUAUAAAUGCCCCAGAUUCUUGGGACCAAGAAGACCAAGACGACUCCACCUCCGGGGUGUCAAAACCUGCCUCCAGCUUGAAGUUGAAUGCGAAUGCAGCUGCUUUUGUACCAGGGAAAAACCCAUACGCAAACACAUUUGUACCGUCAUUUGGAAACAAGAAUAAUCAAGCUGUUGAAUCAACACCAAACCCAACAGAGAAAGAAGAGGAAGCAAUGAAUACAAAUAAUGAAGUGGCUGCAAAUUGGGAAGGUGAAACAGAAGCACAGCCGGAAAAAGCUGAAAUUCCAGAAGAGAAAAAAAUUGAAACGACUGAUGAUGGAGGGGGUGAAGAUGAUGAAGGGAUAGAAGAAUUAUCUGAGGAGGAAGAAUCUGACGAAGAAGAUGAAGGGGGGACAACUUCUGUUGUCAAACCCAAGAAAAUCAUUCAAGAACAUGAAUCUGGUGAAAAGAAAGAUCACGUUAAUGUGGUCUUCAUUGGUCAUGUAGAUGCUGGAAAAUCAACUAUUGGAGGUCAUUUGAUGUAUUUGACUGGAAUGGUUGAUAAAAGAACUCUGGAAAAAUAUGAAAGGGAAGCAAAGGAGAAAAACAGAGAAACAUGGUAUCUGUCGUGGGCUUUAGACACAAAUUCAGAAGAGAGAGAGAAAGGAAAAACAGUUGAAGUAGGCAGGGCAUACUUUGAGACAGAGAAAAAACAUUUUACUAUACUAGAUGCUCCCGGCCAUAAAUGUUUUGUUCCUAACAUGAUUGGUGGAGCUUCUCAAGCAGACUUAGCAGUAUUGGUAAUAUCAGCAAGAAGAGGUGAAUUUGAGACAGGAUUCGAGAAAGGGGGACAAACAAGAGAACAUGCCAUGUUGGUAAAAACAGCUGGAGUAAAAUUUUUGAUAGUUGUGAUAAAUAAAAUGGAUGACCCAACGGUCUUGUGGGCAGAGGAAAGAUAUAAUGAGUGUAAAGAGAAAUUGAUACCUUAUUUACGGAAGGUUGGAUUUAACCCAAAGACAGAUAUACAUUUUAUGCCAGUGUCUGGUAUGACAGGAGCAUUCCUUAGGGAUAUACCAGAUGAAAGUAUGUGUCCAUGGUACAGGGGUCCAGCAUUUAUAGAAUAUAUUGACCAGUUGAAUCUAUCGAGUAGCAGUGAAGAUAUUGAUAAACCAGUAAGGAUGCCUAUAGUUGACAGAUAUAAGGACAUGGGAACCAUUUUACUUGGAAAAUUAGAAACGGGUACAAUCGCCAAGAACCAAACACUAACUAUAAUGCCUAAUAAGCAAAAUGUAAAAGUAAUGCAGAUGUGGUCUGAUGAUAUUGAAACAGACUUUGCAAACCCUGGGGAAAAUCUCAAAAUCAAAGUUUCUGGAGUAGAGGAAGAGGAUAUAACUGGUGGUUUUGUGUUGUGUUCGCCUGAAAAUUUAUGUCAUACAGGAAAAUUGUUUGAUGCUCAGAUUGUUAUUUUAGAACACAAAUCUAUUAUUUGUGCGGGAUACAGUGCAGUUUUACAUUUACAUACAUCUUCAGAGGAAGUAACGAUCAAGGCAUUAUUGUGUAUAAUAGACAAAAAAACUGGAGAAAAAACUCAAAUAAAACCCCGAUUUGUUAGACAGGAUCAGUUAGCUAUAGCAAGAAUGGAAGUGAAUGGAGGUUUAAUCUGUCUAGAAACUUUCAAAGACUUCCCACAAAUGGGACGAUUUACACUUCGAGAUGAGGGUAAAACGAUUGGAAUUGGAAAGGUGCUGAAAGUUUUAGAUUAAAUAAACCAUAAAUUCCACACCACCUGUUAGUAUGCAAAAUACACAUAUCUGGAUGCCACUAAACAGGUUUUGGUGCCACUUAUUUGUCAAAUUUAAUGCUUAUAUUUCAGCUAAAUUUAUGUCACAGUGAAGUAAAAUAAAGUAGUUUCUUGUAUCAUGUAAGAAAUGUAACAUUUGAUAACCAAAAUUUUCGAUGAGGACCAAAUUAAUUUGUACAACUGAUAUUAGUACUCUAAAAAAGAAAGGACUAUUAUUUUGUUUGGUAUUAGUUUUUGUAGGUGAAGGACGUCUAUGAUUUAAGUGUUAAAGAAUACUGUAGGCUUGUAUGGAAUAUUUGCAGAAUCAAAUAUACAAAAAAAAAACCUUUUUUCUGCCAUC